AUGCCGAUGAUGGUUAUUACCAGUCGAUUCUCGCCGGCGAUUCUUCCGGCUAGGUUUUCCAUCUCCCGGUUGCUUCCCGUCAAGUAUUCCGAUCAAAGACGCGUUGUUUUCGUUCCCAGAUCACCUCGCGCCUCUUCUUCUUCCUCCGUCUCCGUCGAAACGAAGUCAAGUGUGGAUUCUGUUAUCGAGAAAGAGAAGAAGAUUUUAGCUUGUCCCAUUUGUUAUAACUCUUUAGUAUGGAUUAGUCAACCUAAUGGAUUAAUAGAAUCUACUGUUUCUGGUACUCAAUUACAAUGCAAUACCUGUAAAAGGAGGUUUUCGGGUAAUGAGACGCAUCUUGAUUUAGCUGUGGCUAGUGGAAGCAAGCAAUACAAUGAACCAAUGCCACUUUCCACCGAGUUAUUCAGGACUCCGUUAGUCUCCUUCCUUUACGAACGGGGUUGGCGUCAGAAUUUCAUAUGGGGUGGUUUUCCAGGACCAGAGAAAGAGUUUGAAAUGGCUAAAGACUACCUGAAGCCUUUUUUGGGAGGCAAUAUCAUUGAUGCUAGCUGCGGAAGUGGGAUGUUCUCGAGGUUAUUUGCCAGAAGCGGGCUGUUUUCUCUGGUGAUUGCCCUUGAUUACUCUGAGAAUAUGCUACGGCAGUGCUAUGAACUCUUAAACCAAGAAGAUAACUUUCCCAACAAAGAGAAACUUGUUCUGGUCCGAGCAGACAUCGCUCGACUCCCUUUCCUUUCGGGUUCAGUUGACGCUGUCCAUGCUGGUGCUGCUCUGCAUUGCUGGCCUUCACCAUCCUCAGCCGUUGCUGAGAUAAGCCGUGUUCUUAAACCUGGAGGAGUAUUUGUUGCCACCACAUUCAUCUAUGACGGUCCGUUCAGUUUUAUCCCGUUGUUGAAGAAUAUUCGUCAGGAAAUAAUGAGAUAUUCAGGUUCUCACAUCUUUCUGAGUGAAAGUGAGCUUGAAGAUCUCUGUAAAGCCUGCGGACUCGUUGGCUUCACUUGUGUUAGAAACGGGCCAUUUAUAAUGCUCUCCGCCACAAAACCAAACAGAUAA